CACUUCGUUCGAGCCCGAAAAGGGACGUUACGCCUCUUUAUCGGUUCCACAGCUCACCCAUCUUGUUUCUACACAGUACUCUCCGACGCACGUGUUUCGGUGUCUUAUAAUGAAUCCAGACGACCUACGAAGUGGCCUGAGGAACCAGUGGCCGAGGCGAUGGCCGAGGCGGCGGCCGCGGCCAUUGCGCCAAGGCCACUGCUGAUCGUCGGAACCGCCUCUAGCGGUCCUCGGAGCCGACCUCGGAUCCGACGACCGAGGCCCGCCGUGUUUUGCGCCAGGACGACCUACGACAAUGCUUUGCCGCGCGAUCACCGUUUCGUUGCCACACAGGAGCCCGGCCUACAGCCCUUCUUCGCCUGCGGCGUGUGGCAGCGUCGCUACAUGGCUUUCCUUCGCCGAUCGUUUGCCGAUCGCUUCGCGACAGUACGCUCGGCGCUACGAGUUGUUGUUCGGGAGACGUCUCGCGCGCGGCGCUCCGAAACCUAACCCUGCGCCCCCCUACGCAGUACUCACCUACGAGCUUCGACGGCGCCGGGCAAGCGUCAUCCUCGCCGAGCAGCUUCGGGGCGGACUCGACGCCCUCCACGGGAGCGUAUUCCCCCGGCCAGGCCGCGUACGAGCCGUCCGCUCCUCCGCCCGACGAGAAGGAGCCGAAGAAGGAGAGCUGAACCUCACCUCCCACACCCAUAGUAGGUUGGCGCCUAACACCUAGUUACACGA